UUCGGUAAGCACGCGGAAACAGCUGAGAUUUGUAUGUAGGCGAUUCGUUGAGUGCGCAGUUGUGCAAAAAUUGUGACGUCUGCUCUUUUGUGUGACCUGAGUUGAUGGUUUCAAAAUAUCGAGUGAAAAGUGGCCACUGUUUGGCUUUUUAUUGGCGUAAUCGACAUUAUGAUCGUAUUGUGUUUUAUUUAAAGGCAUAUGCAAAUAUACGCCUCCAAUGAAAUAUGUAAACCAAAUAGUGCAUGAGUUAUUGCUGGCUUGACGACAUCGGUGAAACCAUCUCAUCGGUAAACGAAACGCCGUGUUAUGACACAUGAAUUGUAUGUAACCUUAAUCUUGGCCUACUAUCUGAAAAUUAACCGAUCAGAAAAAUUAGUGAGGCGUUUUCUGCACAUUUAUGAAUGUAUGAUUUAAAUAUUUUAUUCAACUAAAAGUUAAACGGCAAGUGAAUAAAAGUGUUAAAAAUGUAUGAAAGUGCCACCUAACUAUAACAAAGACAGAUUCUCUGUAAAAUAAUUAUACACAAAACUGUGUAUAAAAGUAAAAAAUAAUUGCACAAGAGAAAGGAAGAAUAAAAUGGAAACUCACCUAACCGGCGGCGGAGGCAACGCACUGGCCAUGAUAAAUAAGACCCUGAUGGCCACAUUGGCACCGAGUGCGUUCAGCAAUGCUUUGGAAGCCGGGGAAUCUACUACCGCAGCUGGACCGUCCCCGGAAGGUGACCAUGACGACGAUCAGACAACAAUCUCGAUGGAGAAUCUGUAUCCGGCGCUGGUCCAGUGCUUUGCCAUUAUCAUCUGCGGGUAUCUCGCUGGUCGGCUGAACAUCAUUACCAACACCGAAGCCAAAGGUCUCAACACCUUUGUCGGUACAUUCGCCCUGCCGGCGGUGAUUUUCCUCUCGCUUGCCGAACUAAACUGGAGCACGGUUAAUUGGAACUUUUUACUCGCGAUUCUGAUUUCCAAAACCGUCGUAUUCCUGGCGGUAGCAAUCAUCUCGCUACUGGUGGCACGACCUACCAACUAUGGCCGAGCGGGGCUGCUCGCAAUUUUCUGCACACAGAGCAACGAUUUUGCGAUUGGAUUUCCGAUCGUCACGGCAUUGUACUCCAAAAUUCACCCGGAGUAUGCGUCCUAUAUCUAUCUGCUGGCACCAAUUUCGCUGGCAAUUUUGAAUCCAAUCGGAUAUGUGUUGAUGGAAAUUUCGAAAAUCAAAGCGAAAGCGACAGAAAAUGAGGCUCUUGCCGCUCGUCGCCCUUCGUUACCACCCUGCUCACAGCUAUCGGAUACCAGCGGUUCCAGCCGCAGCCUAUUAAAGGGCAAAUUUCUAGUCAUUAUAAAAACCAUCGAAUCCGUAUUUUUCAACCCGGUGCUGCUGAUGACGGUUCUGGGUGUUGUGGGUGGACAAAUCUUUAGCAACGGGCUGCCCGUUUUACUGUCCAGUAUCCUGCAGGUGUUGGGCAAUUCAUUUUCCGCCACGGCUCUUUUCCUGCUGGGGCUACGAAUGGUUGGCAAUGCAUCCACGCUGCAAGGUCCCGGUUUUAUCCUGCCGGGUAUUUUAAUUAUAGUAAAACUUCUAGUGCUACCGUUGGUGACUCGCCAAACGGUCAACAUAAUGAACGCCGGUGCUAACUUCUCCGAAACGACUGAUCUCAGCACUUUUGGUUUCCUGUACGGAACGUUUCCCGCUGCGCCGGGAGUAUUCGUCAUUGCGUCGCAGUACAACCAGGAUGUGGACUUGAUCGCGACCAGUAUGGUGGCCUCGACGUUCAUAAGCGCUCCGCUGAUGUUCAUAUCGGCAAAGAUGAUCACCAUCACCAAUCUGAAACCAUCGGACUACCUAAACGAACUGGACAAGUUUUCGUUCGACAUUAGCAUCGUGGCCAUUUGCUGUUCGGUGUGGAUGUUGUUGCUAUUUACGCUUACCCGCCGGAUUCGCAAAAUGCCACACCGGGUAACGAGCUGCUUGAUCAUAUCGCAGCUGAUUUGCAACCUCGGUGUGAUCAUGUGGUCUUCCUUCGAGCAAAACAGUGGCUGGAAGAUGUACUUGCAGUUCUACUUUUUCACAAUUGGCUGCUACAGUAGUCGUCUGUGGACCGCUUUUCUGGCGAUUACGAUUUUAUUCCUGCAGUGUCGCAGUCUGUGCUUCGUACUUAAACUAUGGCCUCUGUUUAUCGCUGCCGCUUGGGGUUUGCCGACGUUGAUCGUGUCUCUACUGUUUCUAUUAGACAACAAAAAUAUCACUCCAACGGAGAAACGCAACCCGAGCUUUCAGUACGGCAACGCACAAGCCGCUAUCGCGGUAUUUUUGCUGGUCAUGUGCUUCAUCGUCACCGUUGGUUGUCUGAUUUUACACCAACGCUUCAAAAAGCGACACGAAAAGUAUUUGACCCUAUCCAGGGAAGUAUCCUCGCCGGAUACGGAUAGCAGCACAAUGGGCUCAAGCUCGGUGGCCAAUUUGAUUCAAGAAGAAAUGGCCAACGGAACCACGGGUGAAACGUCAGGAUCAACAGUACAACGACGAAGGCAUUCGUUAACCUCCAGCGACGAUGAGAUUCUGCGAGGAAACAAUCAUUCAGAUGAGUGCGGGGGAAGUAACGGUUGUUGCUCUAAUCGGAACUCCGUUCGCACGGUGGUCGAUAUUGAAGAUUUGCUUAUUCAACGAAGCGUGAGUAAUGAUGCUAAUAAUGAGGAAUUAACCGCAGCCAAUGGGAUGUGCUCAGCUCAGUUUAAUUGCCCAUCGGCUUCGAAACAGCAAUGCCAAUCGCUAAUCGAUAGGUAUCGCGAACAAGCCAGUGACGGCUUAGAACCGUUGGAAGUUGAUAACGCCGUUGAUGCACAUCAAACUCUCAAACACAUGGUUUUGCUGAUUCUGCUACUUUGCUCGAUGUUCGUUGGUUUGGCUCUUUCGGUGUGGACUCUGAUAAUGGAGGGAAUGUCCGGAAUCUAUGUCGAGCUGACAUUCCUAGAUGCGUUCCUCAACUUUGGUCAAAGUAUUAUCGUACUGGCAGUAUUCAUAACUGACACGGGAGAGCUGCUGCUGCCGCUGAUGAAAUUCUGGCGUAAAAUCUGGUAUGGUGCGAACAUGCUGCAGUUACCAAUUUGGAGUGACAUAAGUGCCGAAACGCGGCACAUCUGUGACCAAUUCACGACGCAUCAUUUAGAGAAUUGUCGAAAGACAAUUGCCAAGGACAAAAGGUGGCGCAUUAAAGUUUACAAAAAAGUUUUCUACGGCAGCGCUUUCGUGGAUUGGCUGCUAGAGCUGGGCCUGGCGAAGGAUCGUUCCGAUGCGACACAUUACGCACGCCGCCUGGUGGACGGUCGGGUCCUGCGGCAUAUCAAUAAUGUUUACCAUUUCCACGACCGCAAUCUGCUUUAUACGUUUUGUGAUCGUUUGUAAGUUUAUUGAAUUUUACCCUACCUAGUUUUGUUUCGUAGUUUUAAAACCAAUCUUCGCACUCGAACGAGAGGUGCUUCGCUUGCUAUCUCGCCAGCAGCCAGUAUUUCUAGAAAUCUUUCAAAUGACUACAAUUUUAACUCAAGAACACAUUAAAAUGUUACCAGAAAAUUUCUAGACGUAGUUCGAAGAUAGUGUGCCAAGGGCUCUUAGAAAACUAUCAUACCAAAAAAAUCGACGAAGCUGGAAAAUAUUGUGAUUACUAGUUUUUGUAUGAAAUUCAUUCAUAUAUUAGUUAGUUUUGUUUUUGGUUAGUAUUUUUUAAGUAUUUAUUGCUAAAAUCUAAAAGAAAGCAACAUUACUCCAUUAGGGAAAAUCAACUAUAGGUGUGACAAAGUUACAAUUUGUCUAAUUAGUGCAUAUAACAUAUUGCGAUAUACAGUUACAGUAGCCUUCAAAAAGCGUAUCUACUAGCUAUAGUAAAGCUUGCCUAAAGGUUCUCAAGACAAAUAAAAUACCUGCAAAGUUUUUAGUCAUCGUAUCACCAAGACUUUACAUUAGAAAAAAAAAUUCUAAGUAAAUAUAUUUUAAGGC